AUGGAUAGUGACUGGAAAUUGCACAAAAGGAUCAUCAACUUUUGUACAAUUACUAGUCACAAAGAAGAGGAGAUUGGAAGGGUAGUAGAGCAGUGUUUGAGGCAAUGGGAGAUCACCAAAGUGUUUACAAUCACAGUAGACAAUGCUAGUGCUAAUGACUUAGCUGUGGCAUACAUGAAGAGAAGGUUGACCAGUUACAAGACUUUGAUGUUUGAGGGAGAGUUUUUACAUUUAAGAUGUGCAUGCCACAUUAUAAAUUUGAUAGUUAAGGAUGGUCUGAAGGAGUUACAAGAUGGGAUUGCUGCUAUAUGGAAUUGUGCCAAGUAUGUUAGGAGUUCAUCAAGUCGUCUUGACAAGUUCAGGGAGUUUGCUGUUUUGGAACAGUGCAGGGCAAAUGCCAAUGUUCCAUUAGAUGUAGUCACAAGAUGGAACAUCACAUACCUCAUGCUUGAAGCUGCACUUAAGUAUGAAGCUGUGUUCGGCAGAAUGGGUGAAGAAGACUGCAAUUUUAAAGCUUAUUUCGAAGAAAUGGACAGAAAUGGCAAACCCAGGGUUGGACCACCAUCUAGUGAGGAUUGGAGGAAUGCAGAAGCAUUUUGUUUGUUUUUGAAGAAGUUUUAUGAAGGUACUGUGAAGCUGAGCGCUUGGAAGAAGAUCACUGCCAAUAUAUUAUUUGUUGAAAUGGUUACAUUGCAAACUGAGAUUGACAAGGCUAUCAUUGCAGAAGACCCUAUUUUGAAGGGGGUUGCCACUUCAAUGAAGGCCAAGUUCAACAAAUAUUGGGGAAGCUUCGAAUCAGUGAACAAGAUAAUCAUGAUAGCUAAUGUUCUUGACCCAAGAUACAAGCUGCAGUGGGCUAAAGUAGCAAUGCAAAAAGUCAAUGCAAGCUACGAGACAAUUCAUUCAAUACAAGGGGACUUAAAGAAAAUUUUGCUGAAGAUGUAUGAUGAAUACAAAGCCAAUGAAGGAAGCAACGAAGCUGAACCGUACAUGGGAGAAGAUCUAUGA